UAGUUAAAUGAAUCAGUGAUUAGAAAAAGUUCAUGGCAUCUGACACGUAUUUUCAAACACUGUGAGAAGAAAUCUUUUAUUAGUUCUUUGUCUAUUUAAUCCAUCCCCUUCUACAAACCAAUUCUCAGUUUCAAUUUUAUUAGUUCCUAAUCUUCGACAUAUUUCCAUCAUCUCCAUCACUAAACCAUCACCGAAGCUAAAACUCCAGACCCAAACCCGAUCAAACCAUCAUCAACCUUCAGUUUCAGUCUUCAAUAUAUUUUAUUAGCAAAGUCACCAAAUCAAAAGUGAAAAUGUAUCCAAGCAAGGAAGCCCUUUGUUGUGCCAUAAUAGCUUCCAUGACAUUCUUCAUAAUCGGUUAUGAUGAAGUUGCAUUGCUUAGAAAUGUCACCUAUAUCAUAAAAAGUUUGGAAAUUACGCACGAGGAAUAUGAUAUUUUAAUUAUUACUACGGAUAUAUGUGCAAUCUUGGGGUGUAUUAUAGCUGGCAUUUUAUCAGAUUGGAAGGGGCGCAAACUUAUAAUUAUUAGCUCUGGUAGCUUCUUUUCAACUGGAGCAAUAAUGUUAUAUGCGGCAAAUUCUUUUAAAAUUUCAUUGUUUGCUCGUAUCAUUUUCGGCUUCGGGAUUGGCUUUGGCCUAUCAACCACUCCAGUGUAUAUUGCAGAGUGGUCUUCGCCACUUGUACGAGGUUUCCUCUGCUCAUUUCCCGAGGUAUUAUAUAAUAUGGGGUAUGUUUUAGCUCUUUUAUUUUAUCGGGCAUUCGAAAAGCAUUCUAGUGACUUCAACUGGCGGUAUUCAAUGGCUUUUUCUGCUAUCCCAUCUUUACUAAUGACGCUAGCUAUGUUGAUCAUCAUGCCAGAGUCAGCAAAUUGGCUAAUAGUACAAGGUCGAUUUGCUGAUGCUUAUGCUGUUGUAACUAGAUUUGCAACUACUGACGAUGAGAUCAUUAAUAGAAUGAUUGGCUUUCAAAGUGAAAUCGGCAUUCACAUUAACAUAGAAAACAAUGCUGCCAUCGUUCCUUUACAGAUCCGAGGAAAUAGAAUAGCUUGGCGUCAGUUAUUAUCUCCAUCUUUACGUGAUGUUUUCUUAUCAUUUAUAAUUUUAUAUGCAUUGCAUGGGGCAAUAGGAAGAAACAAUAUCAUUUUUUAUGCCAUUAAAAUCUUAGUAUUUACAGGGGUAAAAUCUAAAUGGACUCAAUUAACAGUUAUAUUGAUUUUGCUCUUGAGGACAUUCGUCAUGGUAAUUCCAAUUUUAAGACUGGACAAGGAUGGACGUCGCCGAUUGUUAUUUAUUAGCAUUCACCUUAUGACUUAUUCAUUGAUGUUACUUGGAUGCUCAUUUUUUAUCUUUCAUCCUCACCAUGAAAAGGAUUUUAAGGUCAGUGAAGCUGUAAUUAGUUUGUUCUUUAUAAUAAUCUUUUUCGUAGCAUUUUCUAUAGGCUUAGGACCCAUCACCUGGAUAUAUGGUCCAGAAAUUCUUUCUCAUAGAUUACGCGCCCAAGGUGUUAGCAUUGGAGUUCUAAGUAAUAGAGUGAUCAAUUUUAUGGCGUUGAUGAUAUACCCUCAACUGAUUCACAGGAUCACUUACGGAGGAGUUUUUCUAGUGUAUACUAUUAUUCUUGUUGCUGGUUUUUUAUUUAUCUUUGAAAUUGUUCAAGAAACCCAACCCCAAAAUAACCUUCAACUAUAGGAGUGGAACUAACUAGCAAGCCAUAAACACAAUGUUAACCAACAACGAUCGGCCUUGGAACUGGAAUUACGAACUGGAAUUACCAUAUCAAGAGGUAUCGAUUGAGAUUUUACUCCUGCAAAUAUUCCAUAUUGCUCGAUGCAAUGCAUAAUGAGAAAGCACAAUGUGUUGUGUAGUUUGGUUAUUAUAGAAAAUUGUAUUAGAGAUUGUAUUUGAUUAAUCUCAAUAUUAAAAGUCAAGUAAUGGGUUUUUUA